AUGCGUUCUUCAUUCAAGAUGGCUACCGGCAAGGGGCUCGCAGCGAUUUUGAGACCGAGGGCCGUCAAUUUAAUCGGGUGUAAUAAACUAUGUAAUUUGCAGUGUGGUCUGUUGCAACGAUGCAACGCGUGUCAGCGGCACUUCGCUACGGUUGCACUGUGUGUCGACGUCGGGAAUCGCCAAAAACUCCAAAAAUGUAACCUAGAUAAGAUUACGGUACCACGACGGAAUUUGCACUUAACCAACUGUCUAUUAAAGCGCAGUUACUAUGAUAUCUUGGGUGUAUCUAAGAACGCCUCGGCAAAGGACAUAAAGAAAGCUUAUUACGAAUUAGCGAAGAAAUAUCAUCCAGACACAAAUAAAGGUGAUCCUAACGCUAGUAAAAAGUUUCAAGAAGUUUCCGAAGCGUAUGAAAUACUAAGUGACGAUGCCAAAAGAAAGCAGUAUGACACUUGGGGCGCAACCUCAGAGCAAAUGGGAAUGGGUCAGGGAGGAGGCGGUCAGAGCUCUCAAAACUUCACUCACAACUGGCAAUUCAAGUCAACCGUUAAUCCAGAAGAAUUGUUUAGAAAAAUAUUUGGUGAUGCUGGCUUUCAGAGAGGCACGUUUGGUGAUUUUGAGGAUUAUGCAGAUUCAAAGUUUGGUUUCGGCGCGGCUCAAGAGGUUAUUAUGAAUUUAACUUUUGCUCAAGCUGCGCGAGGUGUCAAUAAAGACAUUUUAGUCAAUGUAGUCGAUAUAUGCCCGAGAUGCAACGGCUCGCGGUGCGAUAUCGGAACGAAAGCAGUUCGUUGUACCUAUUGUAAUGGAACCGGCAUGGAAACGAUCAGCACUGGUCCUUUUGUCAUGCGAUCCACUUGUCGGUACUGCCACGGAAGCAGAGUUUAUAUUAAGUUUCCCUGCCCAGAGUGCGAAGGAAAAGGACAGUCGGUACAGCGAAAGAAGGUAACUGUACCGGUACCAGCUGGAGUGGAGGAUGGUCAGACGAUUCGCUUGGCUGUCGGCAACAAAGAAGUGUUCGUAACAUUCCGAGUGGAGAAAUCGAGAUACUUCCGCAGGGAUGGUGCAGAUGUGCACACCGAUGGGGAGAUCUCACUUGCACAAGCCGUACUGGGUGGCACCAUAAGAGUUCAAGGGGUUUACGAGGAUCAAACGAUCCAGAUAAAGCCAGGAACUUCUUCGCACACAAAGAUUCGACUGUCUGGCAAGGGAAUGAAGAAAAUGAACGGAGCAGGUUACGGUGACCACUACGUUAACAUCAAGAUCACCAUACCGGAGAGAUUGACCGAAGAGCAGAAAUCACUGAUGCAAGCAUACGCCGAACUCGAGAACGACACUCCAGGAAGUGUUUAUGGAAUCACCUACAAGAAGGAUGGAACGAAACACUGCUACGCGGAGCCCCUGCAGUUGGUCAACGCCAUACGAGCGGCUCUGGGGAAACCGAGCCCGUCUCGGGAGGACGUGACGCCCAAAGGUCCCGCCGACGUGCCCCAGGACUCGGCCUUCGGCUACGCCCCGAGGACCUCCUCGGACAAGGACGACGUCGAUAAGCGACACCGUCGAAAGAUGACAUAGGUCCUCCAGGGAUACUCGUCCACCUCUUGGGCUCCCGAUCCACCCAGUAGAACCGGAAGAUCCGUUCCCAGUCUCGAGUUCUUCUCACUUGCCGCACAGCAGGACGAGACACCCUGGUCGGAGACGUUCCUUGCAGCCCCCUAGUUGCCUCCUCCUCGUCGGCGGAUGGCUCUGAAACAAAGUGCGCGAUUGUCACUUAGUUCGAGUACCGAGGAUCGUAAUAAAUCCAUUUUACAAGUUA